UUUCUCGGGCAUGACUUUGAUGGCCUCCUCAUCUAGAUGACAUGUGCUAAGGAUCCACUUCUGUAUCAAUAGAUCCUCUAUAUAAAGUGGUCAAGGAAGACGUCAGAUUGAUAGUGUAGGCCAAUGCUUUGGAUGACUUUGAUUCUUUCUUUCCUUCUUUCUUUCACGGAUUCAAACGUUUACUUGAUUGAUUGUUCUUUCCCCUAUUUAUUCGGAUACAUAAACUACCUGAGGAAAGGAAAGUCUUUCCCGGGCGUAUAUUAUAUUUACAAAGGAAAGUGACGGCUCGGAAAUAUUCACCAAAUCCUUGUACACAUCAGUCUCGUGCAAGUGUCCAUUCGUCCAUUUCUUCAUCAUCUCUUCAUCCCUUCAUCCCUUCAUCCCUUCAUCCCUUCAUCCCUUCAUCCCUUCAUCCUGAGCCAUGGCCAUGUAUUCGGCGAGACUUCAACCGAUCAUCACGGGAAAACUGCAACCACAAUUUCGCAUCUCUACUUCUAGAGUACCUGGAAUCACCCAAACAGGAAUCAGGAAUCCCUAUAAUUCCUCUCUAAAACUCAGAUAUCAAAGUACGAAAUCGAAAUCAAAUACCUCUUCACUAAUCCCGACUUCUAAACCCAAAUCUAAAUCCGCCAAUUUCGAUGCCAAGGCCAAAAAUGGAUGGUCGACAGGAAGAGUACUUCUAUUGACAGCAGCCACUGGAGGCUUAGCUUAUGCAUUUGCGAUUAUGCGGGAAAAGCAUAGGAGAGGUGACAUCAGAGAUUAUGCAGAUCCGGCGAAGUUUACGGUGCCUAGAUAUGCAAAUAUUAAGCAUAUGGAAAUUGUGAGUUUUCGGAAUUGUCAAGUUACCAUCAUGGAGCACCAGUGAGAUAUAGAUGAGAUGGAGGUCGAGUAUGGGAGAAGUAAAAUCGAUGGAAUUAUGUCUAAUACUAUUCAGGCCUUGAAGGAAAUUCAAGAAGCUACACAUGAGGAUACUAUAUCUACGGAUCCGGAGGAUUUAUUGGCUCAUGGAUAGUAAGUUUCGUUCAUUCUGCCACGUACGGAAUAUUUCAUGGUCCAAAACUCACAAACAAGGCGGAGAGACUUCAUGUCUCGUAACACUACAGAUAGCUUCUCAAUGACAUAGAUUAAAUUCAUGACUAACUCAGCUCUACAGUUCAGAAUGGUCAUCAACCAAUGUUGAUGUUCUCCCAGUAGCUGUAGCCUAUCCAAAAUCUACUGAAGAGGUCUCCAAAAUCACCUCGAUAUGUCACAAAUAUCGUGUACCAAUCGUUCCUUAUUCAGGAGGAUCGAGUUUGGAAGGAAAUGUGUCAUGUCCUUAUGGAGGUGUUAGCGUGGAUUUUGCAUUUAUGGAUAGAAUCGUCGAGCUUCAUGAAGAGGAUAUGGAUAUUGUUGUGCAACCAUCUGUUUCUGUAAGAAGCCCAAAUUUGAUGCGGAUUCCUCUUUACGUCAUUAACUUCAUCGGCAUGCUAAUGUCGUCUUUUAGUGGAUGGAUCUUAACGAGGAACUGGCAAGGCGCAAAUCCGGUCUUUUCUUCCCAGUUGAUCCAGGUCCAAGUGCAAAAAUAGGGGGUAUGGUUGGAACAAACUGCUCCGGGACAAAUUGUGUUCGUUAUGGAUCAAUGAAAGAUUGGGUAAUAAACUUAACCGUAGUUCUCUCUGACGGGACAAUCAUCAAGACAAAACGACGCCCCCGCAAAUCUUCCGCUGGCUACAAUCUUAACAGUCUUUUUGUAGGCUCCGAAGGGACCCUUGGUCUCGUGACCGAAAUAACCCUCAAGCUCGCCGUCGUACCUCCUGAAUACUCGGUAGCUGUAGUCACUUUCCCGACGAUACGAUACGCAGCAGCUGCGGCAGCAGGAGUCAUGCGUGCAGGUAUUCAAGUCGCAGCAAUGGAAAUCAUGGAUGAAGUACAAAUGAAAGUAGUUAAUCUAUCGAAAUCCACCGCACCAAGACAAUGGAAAGAACUCCCCACCCUCUUCUUCAAGUUCUCGGGCACCAAAGCUUCAGUCAAAGAAAAUAUAGCCAUGGUAUCCGCAAUUGCCAAAUCCCACCGCGGCAGCUCCUUUGAAUUUGCCAAAGACGCCCGCGAACAAAAACUCCUCUGGUCUGCACGAAAAGAAUCGCUAUGGAGUAUGCUUGCCUUGCGUAAAGAAGGAGGCGAAGUUUGGAGUACGGAUGUAGCAGUUCCGUUAUCGAGAUUAGCCGAUAUCAUUGAGUUGAGUAAGAAGGAAAUGGAUGAUUUGGGUCUUUUCGCUAGUAUUUUGGGUCAUGUUGGUGAUGGGAAUUUUCAUGAGAGUAUUAUGUAUGAUAAGACGGUGGCGGGGGAGAAGGAGAAGGUGGAGAAGUGUGUCAAGAAUAUGGUGGUUAGAGCGUUGGAAAUGGAGGGGACCGUUACGGUAUGUCUUGAGAUUCUACUAAUUUGAUGGGAUAUCGAAGACUGAUGAGAGGAUAUAGGGAGAACAUGGAAUAGGAAUCGGAAAGAAAGAUUCUUUACUCAUGGAACUGGGACAUGAUACUCUGGGAGUCAUGAAAUCUAUCAAACAGGCAUUAGGUGAAUACUUGUUAUUUUCACUUUUCCCUCUCCUCUCCUCUCCUCUCCUCUCCACACCACUCCAUUUCUCCUUUUCCGAGUACAGUGGAUACCUUAUCAAACACUACUUCAAUGAAAAGAAUCCGACUAACAUAACACAAAGAUCCCCAUUGGAUAAUGAAUCCAGGUAAAAUCAUAGAUCUCCCCGAAUAGUUCGCUUAAGCACAUACAGUACGGUACAUGCAUUUUUGCAUUUCGGGAGGCAGUCUCGCAGCAUAAAACGGAAUGGAGGAAAGCAUAACACAAAAUAGCAUGAGCAUUGAGGGGAGGCAAACUUGUUCUUUCUUUUCCCCACUUCACUCUGCCAUUUUGUUGGUUAGUGUUGGAAGUUGAGAUAUGUUUUAUUUGAUGGACCGUGAAACGGUGAAGGAUGGAUGAUGGAAUGAUGAAUUUCAGUGAAGGGAAGGGAAGGGGAGGGAAGAGAGGAGAGGAGGUAGUGAGAUUAGUUUGAGCGGAGAGUUAAACUGGAUUGACUUGAUUCGAAGCGGGAAUCUAGUUGGAAUAUGAUGUUUAAAAUAGGAUAUGAUUGCGCAGGAUACGAUAUGAAGAUUACAUUAAAUUACAUUACAUGAAUUCUUUGUUCCGUACUGGAGAAUGUU